UACCUCAUAUCAUGUACGCAUGACUGCUCUACGGUACUCUGGCUCAUAUGAACAAUUUCUACUUUCUAGUCAAUAGGGACUAGGGUACUAGUAUAGUCCUAUGGGAAAACACUACAUGCUAAAGGUGUGCUUUCAAGAUUUUGGAUACUGGCGUACGUUAUCGCCAACCGAGUGACAGAAGGACGGAAAUUUGUGGAUGGAAAACUUAGGUUACCUAUUAAAUUCGCUAUGUUCGUUAUCAGUUACUUUCCGUGCACACCUAUAUAAUUGUAAUUGUUUGAGUCUAUAUUCGUUGCAUAUAUACGUCAACUAUUGUUUUCAGUAUGCCUCAUGCUACAAGAAAGUGGGAAAUAUAUCCAGGACGCAACCGCUUUUGUUGUGAAGGAAGGAUAAUGAUGGCAAAACAAGUUGGAAUAUUCUAUGUUACAGUUGGAUUAAUAGUUGCUACGAGCUGCACAUUCUUUGUAUUUGACUGUCCAUUUUUAGCUGUUAAAAUCACCCCAGCCAUCCCUGCUGUGGGUGGUCUCCUGUUUACGUUUGUCUUAGCUACGUUGUUUCGAACAUCAUUCUCCGACCCUGGGGUUAUUCCUCGAGCCACGCCGGAUGAAGCAGCAGACAUAGAAAAGCAGAUUGAAGUCCCUAACAGUCCAAACAGUCCAACUUAUCGUCCGCCUCCUCGGACAAAAGAAGUCGUUGUCUGUGGCCAAGUUGUCAAAUUAAAGUUUUGUUUUACUUGUAAAAUAUUUCGUCCUCCAAGAGCGUCGCACUGUAGCAUUUGCGACAAUUGCGUAGACGGCUUUGAUCAUCAUUGCCCCUGGAUCGGAAACUGUGUCGGCCGCAGAAAUUAUCGCUAUUUUUAUUCGUUUAUUGUCUCUCUAGCAUUCAUGUGCGUCUUCAUUUUCGCAUGUGCUAUCACACAUCUUGUAUUAUUAACUAGAGAUGACAAACCAUUUCUAGAUGCCAUUAAGGAAUCCCCUGCCAGUGUUCUUGUUGCGAUAGUAUGUUUCUUUAGCGUCUGGAGUGUAUUGGGAUUGGCCGGCUUCCACACAUACUUAACGACUUCCAAUCAAACUACCAAUGAAGACAUUAAAGGUUCUUUCACUGGGAAAAGGGGGCAAGAAAAAGUUAACCCUUACAGCAAAGGCGGAGUUUGUGCGAACUGCUUUUUCAUUUUAUGUGGUCCGAUGCCUCCCAGUUUUAUAGACAGACGUGGUUUUGUGACACCAGAGCAUUCCAUAGCACCACCAAUCGAUUCCGUUCCAACAACAUCUCCGGCCUCUGCCGUACCUAUUCAAGGGAGCAGCGAAGUUCGGCUCCUGAGUAAUGGGAAAGGACAUGUCACGGUCAGCGUCUCCAAUGCCGGACCGAGAAAACAAGCUAUUGGCUCUAUUCAGGAACCCAAACGUCCUGAAAUUGAUCCAGGAGUAUCCCUUCAACCCUUGUCUACGCUGUCCGCCAGCAGUUUGCAGCUACUUCACGAAAGAACAAUGAUAAAUACCGACUUGGACCUUGAUUCCCUGGAUGAAUCGGCCUCUUCCAACCCGUUUCAUUUGGAAUCGGCCAGCGUGACCAGCAGCCAAACAGGACUGUUACAUCCGCUUGUUCCUCGGUAUAAUGGUUUAUAGCUAAUAACCAGUCAAUCGUCUAUCAUUUAUGUGAACAGUUCGUACCCAUCUUAUUUUUCAUUUGUGGUCACAACCAUGACUCUUCGUCAUUCCCUAAAUCUGUGUAUCGUUUAAACGCUAUUCGUGUAAACUCCGUUGCUUUUGCGAUCAUGAGUAAAUUGUUAAUCAAA